AUGCUGUUGAACCCCAUCGCGCGACAGACAUUCGUCGAUCUCGGCUACGAGGACCAGGCCUGCAAGAAGUUGCGGAACGACAGCUUCGAUGACGAGUUCCUUGUCUCGAGGGUUCUCUUUCUUACCACGUACGGCACCAAGAUUGACUUGCUGGCCCUUGUUCAGAAACACCGGCUGGCGGAGACUAUCAUUGAAAACCUUUCCAAGCACGCCAAAUUGCUGACGAAUCGCCAACCAAAGGCUCCGAUCGACCCCAUGGAGGACAUGGCGCUGAAUGAGACUUUGAAAUUGCUUUUCAACGUCUCGCAUUAUUGCCCCUCUGAGGUAGAUGCUUUCACGGGUUGCAUACCACACAUCAUCGCCUUGCUCUGGAAACACGACGUGCCUCCCAACAGGCCCCUCGAUCCACCGUUUAACGCCCUCGUCAACGCCCUGCUUGAUCUGAAGCUAGAGGACAAGGAUAUCCAAGCCUCUGUAUACCCUAAGGCUGAACCCAACAUGCUGGCAGAGCGCUUGAUCGAGAUUCUGGACCCAGCAUUGAAAACCUAUCCAGACAACGAACUCGAGCAGCUUGUAACUCCGCUUGUCGGUGUCCUGCGCCGGGUCCAUGAUGGUGCUCCUGAAGAAGUCAAGAAGUAUGUCAGGGACACUCUUCUUCCAACUGAGCAGGACAGGAAAGAAGUUCUCGGCCGCGGUACAUCCCUAACGUCGCGGCUGUUGCGCAAUUCGACGAAUCCUUUGACUCCUCAUCUGCGCGAGGCCAUCUCAUUUCUGCUCUUCGACAUGUCAGACAAGGACGCAUCCAAGUUUGUCGAGAACGUUGGGUAUGGUUUCGCAUCGGGCUUCCUCUUUCAAAACAACAUCCCAAUCCCGGCGAAUGCAUCCGAGGCGUUUAGCACCGGCGAGGCUCAGAAGCCAGUCAACCCUAUUACUGGACAGUUUGUGGAAUCUGAGAAGCAUGUGGAGGUUCCGGAGAUGUCGGAGGAUGAGAAGCUGAGGGAGGCAGAGAGGCUUUUCGUACUGUUCGAAAGACUCGGCAAGACGGGCAUUGUUGAUGUGCAGAACCCGGUCGAGAUGGCAGCAAGAUCAGGGCAACUUCACGACUUUGGCGACAAGCGGGUGGAGGAGGUCGAUGACUGA